AUGCCAAAGUCAAAGUUAACUGGUCCUUGCUUUAUUCAUAAUUGUUAUAAAAAUUCUAACAAUUUUAGAUGUUUAUCUGAUAGAGCUAUAGAAAAAGCAACUUAUAAAGGAAAUCUUCAAAGAUAUCCUUAUUUACAACAAGGUCAACAAGUUUGUUUUCCCCAUUACAUGGCUAUUGUUAAAAAUCCUCCAUCUGUUAAAGAAAGAGAAGACAGAGAAAAAGAAAUUAUUCAAUAUAUCAACCUAAUUGAAACAAACAUCAUACCAGCAUUUUCAACAUCCUUUGACAUAAAUUUAUCAUUUGGUGAUAAAAUAAAAAAAAUGACUACAGUAUUAUACAAUAAGAGGCAUGAUAGUCCUAUAUUUGAUCCUGAUGAGUUUAAUAAAAUGCUUAAAGAUAAUGAUUCAAAUUUAAAAGGCUUUUUCAAUGAAGUAUGUAAUAUAUUAAUACCAGAAGACCAUUCAGAAUAUAAUAAAAAGGAAGAUAAAAAGAAAGUUGUUACAAUUUUGUAUUUGAUGGCUGGAAUCCGGAAUAAACAUGCUAAUAAUUUUAAAUUAGAACUUGCCUUAUAUCUUAUAGGAUCAGGAACAUCUUGUGAUAGAAUUGAUGCACUGGGUAAUGCUGGAGUUUCAGUUACUUAUAAAACUGUAUAUAAUUAUAAAAAGAAAAUUGCAGAAGAACAUCCAUUAAGAGUAAAAAAAUAUUUCAAUGAAAAUAAAAAUAAUCUUUGUAUAUACAACCUGGAUGAUUAUCACAAUAUUCAUGAAAAAAGACAUUCAAAUCGCACUACUCUAUCAGAAGCAGUCAAAAAAAUUGAAGGAUCCAUGCCU